AUGAAAAAUUUCCUGGCAAGAGAAGAGAUGCAAAUUGAAAACGGUCACUUUGGAGAUUGCGAAGGGCUAGAAAAUUCAGCGUCAGAUGUGAAGUGUUUCGCCAUCUGUGAUGACGGCUUAGUAGGGAACUGGAAGAAGAAAAUCCCGGAAGUUUUCGUCCGCUGCAAAACAGAGAAUCCCGAGGAUCUCAAAUUCAAAACAAAAAGCUUCCCAAAAGACCCUUUGAAAUGCUCUGAAAUUGUCAAAUCUUGCCCUGAUUCGAUGCAAAUUUCCAAAGGCUCCAUCCUCUCUGUGUCUUCUUCUCCAACGAGCACAGUUUAUGAUGUUCUUUGCGAUGCUGAAGAAGGCAGCAAAGGAUCAGUGACAUGCUUCGAGAAAAAUGGGAAGUUCAAGAGCAGCGAUUUAGGCAAAUACUGGCAAGAUGCGUGUAGUAAAAUUUCUUGCAAAGAAGAAGAUGCUAGCACAGAGUUUCCUAUUGCAGAUUCUGGUGCUCAGUGGAGAUGCAAAAAAAAUCUUCAUUGA